UGGGUGGUUGGGGCAGGAGUGAGUGGUUAGGAAGAGGAAUUAAUGACAGGUAGAAAAAAAGUGAGUGGCUGAGGAAUAAAGUGAGUUGUUGAGAAGAGGAAACAAUAAGUGGCUGAGGAGACGAAUGAAUAACUGGGGAGUGAAUGAAUGGCACUGGGGAAGUGAGUUGCUGAGUAGAGAAGUGGGAAACCGAGGAAAGACUGAAUUACUGGGGAGAGAAGUGAGUGGCUGGGAAUUAAGUGAGUUGUUGAGAGGAAAAAAGUGGCUGGGGAGACGAAAUAAUGACUGGGGGGAGAAGUGAGUUUAGAAUGCCCAGGGUAAGGAAUUUGAAGAGAAAAACUGGAAGAGAAGACGAGACUUCAGAGGAGUUUACUACUGAAGAGAGAACCAGCAGAGAAGAGGGAGGAGAGAAGCUAAGAAGAGAGCUCGUUAGUGCCAGUGAGUCCCUCCCAGAGUCCCAGCAGUCGGAGCGGGCGGACAAUAAGGAGGAGGGGGAACUGUAAGAGCAGCAGCACAAUCUGAUUGACAGCCGGAGUCUCCUAAUAAGGGAUGGCAGUGGUGUAUAUGUUUGGCGUGUAUAGAGGAGGCCAGUGAGUGGCAGGUGGCUGUGUGUGUGUGUGUACUUGUGUGUGCGCGCAGCCCCGCUAGCAGCCGGACUCACUGGGGCACCAUGCACUGUCAGGCCGAGCUCCGACUCCCCUCUCCGGGCCAGAUCAAAUCAGCCAGGCGGCGCUACAAGUCCUUUAUGAUCGAUGAGAUUCUGUCCAAGGAGACGUGCGAUUACUUCGAGAAGCUUUCCCUGUACUCCGUGUGUCCUUCGCUGUUGGUCAGACCGAGACCUCUGCACUCCUGCACCGGGACAUCUUCACUCCGACCUUACCCUCUUCUAUCAGUGAUUACACGUCAGCCCAAUGUAAUUACACACAUGGUACCCACAUCCACAUCUUCACAUCAUCCAGUGCUGUCCCCUACUCAUCUCUCACUGGGAUGCACUCGGUCAGAGACCCCCGCCAGUGAGGUUCACCCUAGUAGUGAGUCAGAACAUGAGCAUACCACCCCACGAGUGAAGAAGCCACGGCGCAGCAGAACCAUUUUCACUGAGCUCCAGCUCAUGGGACUAGAGAAGAAAUUUCAGAAGCAAAAAUAUUUAUCUACACCAGACCGGCUGGACUUGGCUCAGUCACUAGGACUCACACAGCUGCAGGUAAAGACAUGGUAUCAAAAUCGUCGGAUGAAAUGGAAAAAAAUUGUCCUUAAGGGUGGACAGGAGGCACCCACAAAGCCAAAAGGGAGGCCCAAGAAAAAUUCCAUCCCAACUUCUGAAGAAAUAGAGGCAGAAGAAAAGCUGAACAAGCUGGCACACUCAGCAGAGACUAAAGUAAAUGAAGAAGAGGAGGAACAAGGAAAAGUCACACAUAAAGAUCAAGUUGUUCACAAUCUUGAGGCAAAUGCAGAAGAUGAAUUGAAGAAUUCACAAGCCUCUUGCCCAGCAUUGCAACUUACACCACAGUUAGAUGUCUCACCAAGUGAUAGUGGUUCAUAAGGCUGAGUCAGGAGUCUAGAUUUGGACUUUUAAAGUUCUACAGAAGGAACAUUUAUGCCUCCUUUUGGAAGGAGUGUUGGACCUAAACAUUACAGGAUUCAUCCUACUUCCUUCAAUUUGCAGGGAAUAGGUUAAAGCUGCCAUAUAAUGCAAGAGAUGGAGGUGGGCAUUGUUGUGUAAGAUCUUUAUGGAAUGUACAUACAACUGUUGCUGUGUUUUUAGAACAUUUGAAUAAUGUGUAUGGGUUUUUUUUUUAUUCUUGUGCUGGGAAAUGAUAGAUGAAAGUUCCAAGAGGAGGGAGAGGACUCAGUUCACCCAGUGAGGCAUAUUUAAACAAAAACCCUCAAAUGAAGUGCCUUUUGGUUUUUACAUGCUAUGAAUCCAUCUUAAAAAUAGAUUUUUCCUAAUAUAAUUUUUUGAGACAAAACUUGUAAAGAACAAAAGCGACCAACAUUUUCUAAAUUAUGUCACUCUCAGUUGGUCCGAGACCGAAAUGGGCAGUAUUAUUCACUGCAACCCAUGCAUCAAAGAAAAUAUUUUUAAUGCUCUUAAUAAUUUUAAAUAGGAAAAAUUAAUUUUGAUCCUGUGCUUGAAACUGGUUUCAAACAAGAUUUGAAAAAUACUGUUACAAAUUGAUGGAGAGGGAAGGCGUUAUAGUAAACAGUAGGAACACUAAAAAAUUCAUUUAAUAUAUAACUUUUUUUUUAGCAAUUUGGAACAGCAAUUACUAAGCCUAAUUAGAGUUAAAAACUGGAUUUAUGGAACAAAAUAUUUGGUGAUGUCAUCAAGAUGUGUAGUAAUGCUGGAAAACUUACUUCAGGUAUAGCAAUCCAAAACAACUAACACUAUAUUCACUUUUACAGAGCAGACCAAUAUAUAGUAUCUAAUGAUAGGUUGUUAUGGACUACCAAACCUAAAGGAAACUUUGCAAUUGCUAUUACAUAUCCCCUUCAGUUUUAUAGGAACAAAACGAUAGUGUUUCCCAGACAUUUUGGUUCCAAGCUUUGCAGUGUGAGAACAUUACAUUGUAGCAUAAGUCAUACUGCUAUUAUUCCCAAGAUAUCUAAGAUAGCAAAUCAGUGUUCACCAUAAAUGGAAUCCUAAUGGUCCUUUAGGACAGAAAAUAAGUAUCCUUCCUAAAUAUCAUUAUAACUGGCCUGCAGGCUCCUACCUUCCACCAGCCAUUACUUAGGGCCUGUCUGGGGGGUGUGGUACCACAAUUUGGAACUGCUAUUGCAUGGGAAAUUAUAAUAUAAAUGAUGUCAAAUUUUUGUUGUUGUUUUUGAAAUUAUUUAUCUAAAGCAAGCUGUGUGUAAAAAGGUUUGUACCGUAUCUAGAAUGGGGGAGUAGCCAAUAACAUUGAUUAAUUGAGAGACAAUCUUAGUAAAAUGUUAUGCGCCUUCCUAUCUUUAUGGUCUUUCAUAUUGGAGUUACAUCGAUUUUUCAUAUAGAAAACUGGAUACAUGGAAUAUUUAAAAAAAAAAAAAAGCUAUAUUUCAGGCAUGUGUACAGGAUCGAAGAUUUUGGAAAUAAGUGUUUGUUCUCUAUUCUUACUGCCUGUGUUUCAGACACUCAGGAUUUCUAAAUACUUUUUACUUGCCAAACAAUAUACACCGUGUUUACUGGUGAGGUAAACACUAAAUGAAGUAUCACUUUUAAAUGACUUUUGUAAUUGCAUAUUUGUGGUAUCUAGAAGUAUCUACUAGACCGCAAUUUUUUGGCAGCUAUUUACAGGUACGUCUAAUGGUUUAGACUUGCAUGAGUGAGUCCCAGUCCCUUCUAUGUCUUCUCAUCAACGCUACUCAUCAACAAAAACCGGGAAAAGGGGCUUUCUAUUAUACUUGGAAAGUGAAUGGAAAUAUUUUUUUUACAAAAAGUUGUCAUUUCUUAACAUUUUCACAUUUCCAGCAAAGUGGUUUAUAAAUGCUUUCUGGUAAUAUUGAUAUUGUUGUAUAAAAUAUUUUCUAUGGCAGUAAGUGCAGUAACAUACAGUAUUGUAUUAGAAAAUGUCAUAAUUGCAACAUUGGUUUUGGUAAUACUACUGAAUAUAUUUAGGCAGUUUCUAAUUAAAAUGGUUAUCCCAUACAAAAACACCUGCAAAAGACUUGCAACUCUAUUGUACAUGAUACGGUACAUUAUGUAUAUUGGUUCUAAAUCAAUUCAUGUGUGCGUUAUGAACUAUUUAUUGCCCAAAACCUAUAAACUAUUUUCGAGGGGAGACCAUUAUACUGAAGAAUACACUGGAGUGCUGGAUUUGGAAGAUGAUCAGUGACCCAUCUCAGAGCUCUUUGUAGCUAGCUGGCUGCCAUUAUUCCACACAUCAAACAGAAAGCACGGGAAUGACAAUAAUAUUCAGAACAAAUUGAAUACUGCAAGAACACUGGCGUAAAAAACAUGCUUUGUUUAAACACUCAGGAAAACACACUAGCCUGCAAAUAUGGAUGCUGGUUUAUGUUUCUUUUUAAAGCAGGAAACAACACACACCUGAAUAUACUGGGUUGUGUAAACCUGGCUACUCUUACUGCAAAUAUAUAAUGCUGUUUGGGAAUGAGUUAUAAUAAAGUAUUUUAUUUUUGAAUUAA